UUACCGCACAUACUACCAACUCCUACGGCUUCCGUACGCUCUUUUUCUCGCCGGAGUUUUUCAAAUGGACGUUCGCCGUGGAACUUCAAAAGCACUUCAACCAUCUCCGAAGGAGAUUCCAUCGGCACCGGAAUCAAAGGCCUCCGCCGCCAAGGCAUCGGAUGCACUCCCGCUCCCUCUGUACCUCACCAACGCUAUUUUCUUCACUCUUUUCUUUUCGGUGGCAUACUACCUUCUUCUCCGGUGGCAGGAAAAGAUCCGUAACUCCGUUCCCCUUCACAUCGUCACUUUCUCCGAGCUGGCUGCUAUUCUCUCUCUCGUCGCCUCCUUUAUAUACCUCCUUGGCUUCUUUGGUAUCGACUUUGUCCAGUCGUUUAUUGUACGCGCCUCCAAUGAGGCUUGGGACCUUGACGUCGACGAUGGUAACGUCGUUGAAGUUUAUCGUCACCGGCUGCUGACUUGCACUCCUUCUGUCGCUGACCGCCAAGUUCAGGCGGUUUCCUCCUACGAAGACGAAAAAAUCGUGGAUUUAGUUGUCAAAGGAACAAUCCCUUCAUACGCGCUCGAGGAGAAACUUGGAGAUUGCAAAAGAGCUGUUUGCAUUCGAAGAGAAGCGUUGCAGAGGAUUACUGGAAGGUCGCUGCAAGGCUUACCUUUAGAUGGCUUCGAUUAUAAAGCUGUUUUGAAGCAGUGCUGCGAAAUGCCAGUGGGAUACGUUCAGAUUCCAGUGGGGAUUGCGGGUCCAUUGCUGCUCGAUGGUUUCGAGUACACUGUGCCAAUGGCUACCACUGAGGGCUGCUUAGUUGCAAGCACCAAUCGAGGAUUUAAGGGUAUCUAUGCCUCUGGUGGAGCUACCAGCGCCGUCUUGAGGGACGCUAUGACGAGAGCUCCAGUUGUUAGGCUCCCCUCUGCCGCUAGAGCUUGUCUUCUCAAGUUUUUCAUCGAGGAUCCUUCAAAUUUUCAGACUUUGGCACACGAAUUCAACAAGUCUAGUAACUUUGCAAGACUUCAGGGUGUCCAAUGUUCUGUUGCUGGCAAAAAUCUCUACAUGAGAUUUAGCUGCUCCACAGGGGAUGCUAUGGGUAUGAAUAUGGUUUCCAAGGGGGUCGAAAACAUCCUUAAAUACCUUCAAAGCGAUUAUCCGGACAUGGAUGUUAUCGGCAUCUCCGGAAAUUUUUGUUCGGACAAGAAACCAUCUGCUGUUAAUUGGAUUGAAGGGCGAGGCAAAUCGGUGGUGUGUGAAGCAAUUAUUAAAGAAGAAGUACUGAAGAAGGUUUUCCGGACCACUGUUGCUACGCUGGUCGAGCUCAACAUGCUAAAAAACCUUGCUGGUUCUGCUGUUGCCGGUGCUCUUGGUGGAUUUAAUGCACAUGCAAGCAACAUCGUCUCCGCUAUCUUCAUAGCAACCGGACAAGAUCCAGCUCAAAAUGUCGAAAGCUCCCAUUGCAUUACCAUGAUGGAAGCUGUCAAUGAUGGGAAAGACCUUCACAUAUCCGUGACUAUGCCUUCCAUUGAGGUGGGAACCGUAGGGGGUGGAACUCAGCUUGCAUCACAGUCUGCAUGCCUGAAUUUGCUAGGGGUGAAGGGUGCAAGUAAAGAAGUGCCGGGGUCGAACUCAAGGCUCUUGGCAACAAUCGUGGCCGGCUCAGUUCUGGCCGGGGAACUUUCCUUGAUGGCUGCAAUCGCCGGUGGUCAGCUUGUCAAGAGUCACAUGAAAUAUAACCGAUCCAGCAAAGAUAUAUGCAAAGUUGCAUCAUAACCUCAAGAUUAAAGAACUCUACACCUGCAUUAUUCGGGGGAUAUGAAUACCGAUCCUGAACCGGAAGAGUCCCCCACUGGAAUGAUUUAAU